GAAACGCAAAGGGUAAGCUCCGUUCUGGAUCAACAGCAAUGGUUAUGAUAUCUUUUCUUUUUACGAUAUAAGAAUAUCAUCCAUCUCGUUCGUUUACCAACGUUCUAGAGUUCUUAUUCAAGUAGAACUAGGCUCUUUUUCCACAGUUUCCCUACAUAGUGUAUAUUCGCCGAAGAGUAUAAACGAAACACUGAUAUUCUCCAAAUAAGGUAUAUUCAAUAAGUACAACAUCAAAAAGAAUAUUACUAAGUUGUGAACGGUACAUCAGGACACUAGUUACAACUACCCUGACAACGAAUACCUACAUCUUUAUAUAUGUUUUAGUUAUCAAAAGAACGCUUGUCUUGUUUGAACAAGUUGUACGUUAAGGUGUUUAUUGGUAUGCAGAUCUCUUGAGUAGACUCAUUAGUCUGCAAGAAUACUCACCCGGUUCACACAUCUGUAGCUUGAUGUCCUUUGUUGUUAGUACCAUAUCUCAUUGAGACAUUGCCCAUUAGGGUAUUUAUUGGUGUUUAAGUCUCCUGAGUAAACAUCAUAUUCUUAUUACGCCUGGAGUGUGGAUAGAUAGAUACAUGAAGUCAGCUUCAAUGCACACACUAAGCUUCCCUGUAACAAUAGUGUUCACGCACUUUGCCAUUUUCCGGUAUAUGCCAUCAAUGUCCAUUGCAAACUAAGAACAACUAUACUAUACUCAUUAGCGAACGUGCACCGCGAAAUAUACCUUGCUGUUCAAGCGCCCAAAUAAGAUAUAAAGGCAGUAAAUAUGUUACAAGAAGAUAAAUUAUUCUUUGUUAUAUCCAAACCUAUAUAAAGCAACUCGUAGUCAGUAGCAGUAACUGUUCAGUUUAUAUGGCUACAUCUUAGUAACUAUUCAGUUGGCUGUUACAUUUCGACUUUUUUUCAAUAUACUCUAUUGGCAAAUACUAGGUAUAUGAUUCCUUUGGUUAAUAUUUCUGUGAAGAUAGAUAUUGUGUAUUGUGGAAGAAUUUUUGUUCUACUUGUGCGUUGGACAUAGGGAAAAUGAGCAGGAUGGUACUAACAGUUAGAGAAGUAACUGCAGCUCCUAUAUCACUGAGGAAUAGAGCACGCUAAUAUCAAUGUUAAAGUUUUCUAUUUUUUUAUGCAAACUGUUUUACUAACAAAUUUAUCAAUAUUGAUUGUAAUACUUUUCUUAUCUACUCUCAAUAAGCCAUUCAAUGUAAAAUUAAUGACCUUUGGAAUAGUUUGUUACAUAGCAUGCGGCAAACUAUAGGGUUCCCAGUUCUGAGACCUAUUUUUAAUAAUUGUUGCGAAGAUGAUUACUGUCCCACUAUAUUACUUUGUUAUUUCCGUUUCUGGUCUUGCGGGGUCUUGUAAAAGCGUAGUUUUAUUACGAGAUGAAAUCUUAACAUGAGACAAUUUAAAAGUUUUAGAUUCUUUAACUAAACAACAACAUGACGGAAACCCAAAGUAAAGAAUACAAUAAAAUAAAUCAAAUGAGAAAUUUGGAAAAAAGUGAUAGUGAAUGGCUGAAAGUAUGGAAAAUGAUAGUGAGAACUGAAGACGAUUCUAAGAGCAAGGAAUUUGAAAAUUGGUUAGAGAAUAAAUGGAAUGUUGAUUAUAUAAAGUCCAGCAAGAAUGCUGUAAUAGAACAGCGUUUCAGGCAGAAGUCUCAAUCACUGAAAAAAUUAUUUGGAAUAGUUAAUCAAGAAAUAACAUUUUACCUCUCUGACUCAGAGCCUCUUGUAGAAGCAAUCUGUUAUUGGGGUGUAUCGUUACAAGACUCUAAAAAACAACUGGGUGGUUUCGCCAACAAACUGGGUAUUUUUCAUAUUUAAAUAUGUAGUUUUUGUUAUUCUCUGUUUUUAUUCGUAAAGAGCAUAAAAAAGACAAUAAGAAAAAAAACAUAGCAGCACAUCUUGUUUUUUGAAAAUGAUAACUAGACAGUUAAAUUUUUGCGACGUUUCGUUUCUCUUUCCAGGCAAAGCGGAAAACGGCAUUUCGAUGUUAAGAUCUUUAGAGUCGGCUUUAAAAGCUACCUCAAACCGUGAAUGUUAUGUAUUGGUAUGCAAGAUUGCUACAGGAAAGAGGCGAUACGUUGAAGAUUUAGACGAAUCAAAACAAGAGUUGUCGACGAAGUUUGAUUCGUUGUGUUUGAAAAAAACAGAACAAAAAGACAUCGUAAACUCAUUAGUUUAUGUUUACGAUUUAAAGGAAUCGACUGACGUCAUUCCGUGUGACUGGCCCCGUCAAAUUUUGCCUCUGUAUGUUGUCAAGCUGACUUUGCAAAAUCAGAAUUCUUUAAGCAAUGAUGUAGAGUCUGCUUCUCUUUGGGAGGAUACUUUAAACGAAGUUAGUAAUUUGGGAAUACCUUCUUAUUUUUGGCAAUUAUUGGCUUUUAAAAUUCAGGCUGACCAUCAACAAUUUUCAAGCAAUCUCCCUCGAGAUCCUCGGAUUAGGAGAUUCAUUGAGUCAAAUAAAGAAAAAAACGAAAGUACCAAUUGUCAAGCAGAAAAUAAAGACUUUCAAAACCUAGAUCACGAUCAAGCAAUGAGCAACAGGCAUAUUAAUUAUACAGAUUCAACUAACAAGAUUAUUUCAGAAAUGGAUACACAAGAAAAUAUGAAAGAAAGAGGGUACAGAUCAACUGAUAACGGAAAGAAAUUGUCAACUUCAACGUGGAGAAGUAGAAGGGAUGGUGAUUACAGCAGUCGUAGAGAUGAAAAAACUUAUCAUUCACAAUAUUACUUCGAUAAAAACCGAUUUAAUCAAUUGGGUAAAAGAAGAUCUUACUAUGAAGAUAAGUAUAGAAGAUAUCAUCGUGACAAAUACUCUAGUUCGCCAAGACGUCAUUCUAGUCGAAGCCCCCGUAGCUCAAAAUCCAAGUCAUACAGAAACGAUAUAAGCAGACCAAAGAGAAAAAACGACUGGAAAAGUAAUCAGGUGGACAAACAGAGAAAGCUGUCUGGAAGUCUUUCUCUUAAAAACGAUUGUGAGAAAAAGCCAGAAAUUAGAGACAUCGAAAAAUCAAAUGAAAUUGUAUUAGAAGAUUCGCAUGAAAAUGGAAAUUUAAUGGUUCAACCUAUUCUUGUUCGUCAAAAUGAUACCAUUCAAAUUUUUUAUAAAUAUGUUCUAUUCGGCGAAGGUGAUAAAAAUAAAAAGCUACCCGAACCGGAUGUUUUAAAACCUCAAACAGUUGAGAUUGAUAAUGAUACUACAAUCGAAGCUUUUGACUGGCUUGAUGUAAACAACGUUAGCGGUUUGGGGCAACCGAAAAUACAACCACCUACUCGUUAUUCACACAUAGAAAGUAGUAAAUUUUCCAAUGAUAACAAAGAUGAGAAAGAAGAAUGUGCCGAUAACCAAAAUAAAAUGAAAGUUUUACAAGCUCAGAGAACUUUAGCUCAGGAGUUGUUAGGAAAACGAGAUGAGCUACCUGAAGCUGACUCCGAAAAAAUGUCCGAAAGCAAAUCCAACAAGUCGAACACAAUAGAAAAGUUCAAACAAAGCCUACGUUCGAAAAAUCCAGACAAUCAUUUGUUUGGCUUUCAAGUGAUCAAAAGUCAAGAUACUAAUGACGUAUGCAAUACGUUACAUGAAAAUGCUAAGCCAGUGAAAAAUUUCUUGAAUUCUCAUAAUGGAGAUUGGUUGGGAAAUAGUCAAGAGUCCAGCGAUGAUGAUAGUCCUCGAUUAUCUAUUGAAUUACCCGUUUCUUCAGAUGAAAUAUCCCAAGGUACAUCAAAUGAUUGGGUUGAGUUGAAAGCAAAACAAAAAAAUUAUGAGAAUAAAGAAGAAAACGAGGCAGCUAGAAACGUCUGGAAGAAAUUUCAGGCGACCAAAUUUAAACAGGGAGAGGAAAAUUAUGACAUAACAGAUAUGGAUAUAUCAGAAGAUGAUGAGUCGGCUGAAGAUUUUAUAAAUCGUCAAAAAACUAUAUCUCCACUCAAUUACUGUUCAUAUUUUACAUUGGAAAAAAUUGCCAAGAAGCAAGUUAAUCUUGCUUCUUUGCUUGAAAAGUCGAGGAGUCUAAUAACCUCCCAAAGCAGUGAGUUGAUAUUAGAAAUUUGCAAUCUUGAUAAAAGGAUAGCAUUGCUACAAGAUGAAUUGAAGAAAAUUGAUCCAAUGAAAAUAACUAACAUGUAUUCUAGGCUUAAGGAUGAUGCACUUCUUGAGAGUGAGAGAGAAGCAGUGACCACCUAUGAUUCGACGUUCAUGUUGUACUCUCGUUUUAGAAUUCCUGAGAGUGACAUGAGCAAACUAAUUGAAAUUCGUAGAUAUCUUAGCUUAGCUAUUAGUCAAAAGUCGCAUAAUGUUGAAAAGUUAAGAACUGAGCGAAAAAUCAUACUCGAAAAAUAUUGUGACAAGACCACGAAUGCUAAAAAGAUUAUGGAAAGCAUCAAAGAAACUCUGAUAUAUUAUAUAUCUGUACAAAAAGCAUUGGAUAAAAUGGAGUAUAGCUGUUUCAGAAGUUUUUUCAUUGAUGAUGAUGAAGAUGUAAGUAAAUUCAGGAAAACUAUGGUUUUCCAUCAACUCUACGCCUACGUAAAUUAUCAUGAUGCAUUAAAUGAUUUUUUAAACCCUGAUGAAACGGGAGACAAAGUUUGUUCGGUUAAAAGAGGAAAUCAGGCAACCUUGGAGAAUAUUGUACAAAGCUCUUUAAAAGCAGUAGAAAUGGCACUGGAAGUAAAUAAUCAAGUUCAAUCGCCAAUUCCAACAAUAGUAGGGUCCAAAAUAGUCACAAAAGAAAAAGUUCAUGACAGUCUUAAAGAUGUCAAUUAUUCAAAUAAGAAAAUUGCAAAUUGGAAGAAAAAAUAUAUAAUAAAAGCAAAUGCUGAUAUUACAAGGAGAAAUGAGAAGGAACCAGAAAGCGUUGAGCAAAGGCAAGCCAUUGAAUCACCUCCGACUGACCAACCAAGUAAAAUUGAGCCAACUAUACGUAUCCCUCCUCAAAAGCUAAGCUUUACAAAAAAGCAAAGAGAAUCCCCACCUCCAGACGUGGUACCCGCAAAACGACGAAGACUACCUGGUCCCCCGUCCAUUUGGAACUCUACUGUUCAUUUAGAAGACUCGAAACACUCUAGGGAUUUACAACGAAACGCAACAUUUCAAAACAUAAAAACUAAAGCUGUUGCGCCAAUAGGCGAUUAUAAACGAAAAGACGAGAAACAUCAUACAAACUCGGAGAUUGCAGCACCUAGCCAUCAGGAAUAUAGACGAUAGUAUAGAUUAAAUAUUAUAUAGACUUAUUUUUGUUCAAAAUCGUUUUCCUAUUCAUUGUAAAGUUGUGAAAACUUUAUAUUUGUUAAAUUGUUAAAUUGUAAUAAUUGUAAUACGAAUUUAGAGAUACCACUGGUCUCAUGGUAAAGUAGUAAAACUAAAAAGUAUUUCUUUUUUACUGAUGUAAAAGAUGAUUCAUCAUAUUUUCAAUGAAAUAUGAAAUAUAAAAAAAAUCUUGAGUAACAUAAGUUAUUUACAUCAGUAUAUCCUGCCUACCAUUUAACGUGGAAAUGAGGGAAUGGGAGCAGGUCACUUUUUAAUUUUUUUACUAUUAACAGAAAAUAUCGACGGUAUUAUUUUUUAAUGAUAUAUAGGCG